AUGUAAAUAUAAUAGUGCUGAUAUAUAAUAAAACGUUAUUUUUUUUCUGAAGAACUUUCCUUUUGUAAGGAUCCUUGAACACAACAGAUGUUUUUCCUCUGAUCUGUACAAGAAACGUACACAGAGUGAUUGGAACCAUCCCUAAAAGACUCAACUACAUAUUUGUCCAGCUGUUCUCCCAGGGUUGGAUGAUAUUUUUCGUGUCUUAUUUUUAGAGUAAAUUGUGAAAAAUCAACAAACAUUACCGAGCACAGACCCCCACAUGUCUGGUGGUACACAAUAAAUCAAUUAGUGAUGCUUUCAGAUCAUGUUGCUGCAGCUUUAUCAACCUCAUUAAUGAAACACAGAUGUUUAAAGCAUCUCACAUUGUUGUUCUUCCAACGGCACUUUAAAUAUUUUACAUUUCUGUGCUGAGCUGCUGGGGGCUGAGGUUGAGGGGGGAGUGUCAAGAUUUGCAUUACUCAUGGGUGACUCUAGCUUAACGGGGGGUGGGGGGGGAGUUGCUGGGAAACAAAGGGCUGGUGAAAACAAGCAGAAACCCAGAAACAAUAAACACAUAAUAAGCAAUGUGGAAUUUCCAGAUUUGUUUUUGCUCACUGUGGCCUCAACUCACUCCCAAGUAAUGAGCAUUUAUGCAGCAGCCUUUUCCUUUCUGUACGUAUCAUGGUUUACUGCAAGUGCAGUGUUGUGAAAGAGGCUGCACGGAUGUGACAUUAUCGGCUCUAGUUGGAAUAAUUGAGAAGUUGAAACUACAGUACUUAGAGUAUGGGGGCCAAAAAUGAAGUUCAAGUACACAAAAGUGCUUUGAAAAUGUAGUCACAACCUUUAGACUAGGAAUGAAGUCUUGACCCGUCUGCACCAAGUCUUUUGGUCCACAGCAUAAACAGUAAACUAUGAUAUGAACACAAGUUCCUUUCUUCAUCUACUACAGUGUGGUGGUCAAAUAAUCUUAUGUUAAAUAAAAAACAACAAACAAAAAUCUAAUGAUCAUUUUCAGCUUAUAUGUUAAAUAAGAUGUUUAACCCAAUCUCCAUUAUGGCAUUUAUGAUUCCCACUGAAAGUACGUAAGUAUGUCUCUGUUGAUCCUGGGUCUUUGCUGUUCAAAUUAAAACUCCUGUCGCUCCGUCUUCGGACUGUCGUCAACUGUGGCUAAACGUUCAGACAGGGACAUUUUUAAUGUUGCCGUGGGAAGAUUUCUGUCGUAAAACUGGCCGGAACCACCCCGGCUCCUUUACACUUGUUUGGAUAACAGUUGAGGUCUGGGUCUCAGGAAGAGGUCAUCAGAGUCUUAUCUAACCUUUACCACACAAAAACAUUCCCAUGUUUCUAACGGCUAGAGCUAACAUUAGCUGGUCUAAGUUGGGAAAGUCUUUGGACUGAAAGAAAACCUGAGUACCACAGGUACAUCGUACCACACGUGAGUUCUUUUCUUCCCCUACAUCUCCAAAUGGCCGCGGCACACGUGGACGUCAACAACUCCAGGUUAUAUAAAUACUGUGUGCUCAAUACGAGGCUGCGGAAAAAAGGCAGGAUGAAAUGCUGCUGUUUUCACGGGGCUGAGUUUCCAGUGAAGCUGCAUCAAGUGUCAGUCUCUGGGGACACGUUGAGCUUAUCAGGAGUUUAAGACCGCUGAGGCAUUUCCAGCACAUUUGAAGAAGCUCUUACCAGGGUUUUAUUGUGCACAGUGAGGAUGUAGAUAAGGUUCUCAGUGUCUGUGGGACAAUAAAAACGUGGGCCAGAGGUUGGUGGACUGGAGGAGUCUGAUUGAGCUCCUCUUGCUGUGUGUUGAUAGGUGGCUAAACGAGCUGAAGGGGUUUUACCACGGGGGGAGAAAGUUCUCAAAGUAUUUCAGCUAUGCGUGUCAGAGCGGCAACAGGAAGAGGGUCAUCACUUAUCCAAGGGUCUUUAAUCUUCACCCAGACCCUUUACUAGCCUUUCGCCUCCUCCUUUUAUGAUACAUUGAUAGAUGGGAGUCCAGGAGAACAGCAGAGCCAGGGCUGGGAGGAGGAUGGAUGGGAUGUGAACACCCCCCCCCCCCACUCACAAAGAGCAAACCAUGUCAAAUGUCAGAAAACAAAAACCUUGAAAAGGUAGACAGAUCAUUCGUUUUUCUGCUGUCGGCAGAUUUACUCCGUCUGGGCCGUGAUGGUGGGUGGGCCGGGUGACGAGACGAGGUCUUCUGCUGAUGGCGAGGAUGGAGCAUUAGGAGAGGAGAGGUGAAGUAAACAGAAGAAGAAGAAGACGAAGACGAAGUUAUGAAAACAAGAGUAGUGUAGCAGAUGGGGCCGGGAUUUACCUUGGAAACAGCAUUACAGCAGAGGAGCUGGGUGAGGGAGUGAGGCGGGGAACUCAGGAGGGGCGUGAGCCAAGCUGGAGUUUAUCACAAUCUCUGGAGACAGAUGAACAGGAGGGGGGGGGGUGUCAUACCCCCCCCAACACGCACACACACACACACACAGGAGCAGAAGACACACUUCUCACACUGUGGGGGGAACAGAUAUAAAGGGGACUCCCAGGGAGAAGGAGCGCUCAGGCGAACGUUUGAGCUGCCGUCCGGCUCAUUUCCACUCUGCUGUGCGUCACUGAGAGUGUUUAUGUGUGUGAGAGAGCGUGUGUGUGAAAGAGUGAGAGAGAGAGAGACAGAGAGAGGUGUAAGUGCUCAUGUGUGUAAGAGUGGAGUCUCCACCGCAGAAGAUUACACUUUGACACCUCUCAUCAGAAGAUAAAUGAAGAAGUGUUGACCUGAGGACCGGAGUGAAAACCUGCUCAAAGCCGGGGAUUUGACUUUUGUUGACUGUGCUCAGGAUCAGGACUUCUUUAAAACUCCAUACUGUGAGGUGAUCUGGUGAAGAAUGGACGUCCUCUCUCCAGCAGACACGGACUUCAACCACACGUCCGAGGACCAGCAUCGUUACUUUGAGGACAACAUGGAUGCUUUUGGGAUCACCAUGGCUGUUCUCUAUCUGUUGGUCUGCGUCCUGGGACUCACCGGGAACUCCUUAGUCAUUACUGCCAUUUUAAAAAUCGACAAAAUGUCAUCUUCCACAACGGUGUACAUUUUCAAUCUGGCUCUGGCCGACGGACUCUUCAUGGUCGGACUUCCCUUCAUCGCCAGCCAGAACUUUCAGAACCGGUGGAUGUUUGGCGACACGGCCUGCAAGGUGGUCAUGGUGCUGGACGGCAUCAACCAGUUCACCAGCGUCUUCUGCCUGACGGUGAUGAGCAUCGACCGAUACAUGGCGUUGGCCAACCCUCUCCGGUUUGCGCGGUGGAGAACACCACGUUGUGCCAAGCUGGUCUCAGCGUUCCUGUGGCUGUUUUCACUCCUCACCAUUCUUCCCAUGGCGCUCCACUUCUCAGCGGAUCAAGGCCUGUGCAUACCAGACGUGGUCUCCGACACCUGGUGGCUCGGCGUCCUAUCCUACACCUUUGUUAUGGGCUUUGCGCUGCCGUUUACCGUGAUGACCGUCUCCUACACGGCGUUGCUUCUCACCUUGCGACGGCAGAGACCCCAAACUUUGACGACAGACAGGAACCACCGUGUGGAGCGACAGGUCACCAGGAUGGUGGUGGCGGUGGUGUUGGUGUUUGGCGUUUGCUGGCUGCCGUUCUACACCUUCAACUUCUGGUCCUUGAGUCAGGAGGUCCUGGUCAAGGAUUUUGCCCGGGCCUUUGAGUUCAUGGUACUGCUGUCGUACUCGUGGAGCUGCGCCAACCCCAUCCUCUACGCCUCCCUCUCCGACACCUUUAGGAAGUACUUCCGCACACUGCUCUGUCCUGAGGACAAGUCACCUCCCAGCAUGCAGUGCAACACUGAACGAUACAACUUGUAUGACACUGGAGUGGCAGAUGUCAGCGUGCUGUCUUAGAGGGAAGAGUCUGAGCUCAUUAUUUACUUUAAUACUGAUAUGAAUUACGUGAAAUGACUUCAUUAACCAUUUUCUGUUUGUCUCUGUAAUUUCUCACAAACAGCUGCAUAUUCUGUUUUUCCUCUAAAUGUUAAAUUGUACAGAUUUUCUUGAAACUUGUCAUAUGAUGUACUCGUCCAAAUCAUGCGAGUACUCUGUAUAUACCUUUAAAGGACAUGUUGCUAGUCUGGAUCAAAUGAGGA